AUGGAGUUCAAAACGUGCUCCGAGACGGCGGUGCCGACGGUGACAAGUUCGUCCGAAGGAGGCGGAGGAGGGCAGUUCAUUUUCCCGGCUAUCUUUAGCCGCCAGCUUGGAGGCUUUUCUACCUCCCAAGGGGGGAAGUUGAUGGACGAAUUGAGGCCUAACCUGGGUCUUCUUGGUCUGGUGGAAGACCAUCCCCUUGACAAGAGGCCCAAGACGGAGGCCGAGUUCUCAGGACUCUAUGGCCUUGCCGAACCUCCGAGCAGAGCACUCCACGAUCACACAGUAAUGACAGUUUCAAGUCGAGUUAAGCUGUUCAAAAGAAAUCAUAUCAGUUUUAAACAUGACAAGGCAAAGCUACAAAAAAAAUUCCAGAAGCUGAGAAAGAAACCUUUCAAAGGUAGAAUUCACGGAAGGACUCCUCCGGUUUUUGUUGCAGAUAUUGUAUUGACUGGGCUCAACCAGGAUCGUCCUCUUGGAUCAGAAGUUGUCUUUUAA